CUGGAGGCGUAACCGUGCAGAACCUGAGCUUAAAUCCGCACCCUGCUUUACUUUAUCGCAUUCAUUGAAUCUUCUCCGUCUCAGAGCAGCAUCAGCGAGCGUAUACAGCAAUGGCCAAUUACAUUCACGUCCCAGAAGGCGCGCCUGUGGUUCCUAAAUUAGACGUGACUCUAGAUGAGCACGAUUACAGAGCCGGAGCGCUGAAACUCAUCAAGACGCUGAGACCCUACUGGAAACCUUCGGAGGUCAAAACGAAGGCUUUCACCGACGGUAUCACAAACAAGCUGAUUGGCUGUUACGUCGGCGGGUCCAUGCAGGACGUGGUCCUGGUUCGGGUCUAUGGGAACAAGACAGAACUGUUUGUGGACCGUGAGUUCGAAGUGAAGAGCUUCCGUGUCCUGCAAGCGCACCGAUGUGCUCCACGCCUCUACUGCACCUUCAACAACGGCCUGUGCUAUGAGUUCCUGCAGGGAGUGGCCCUGGAGCCCGAGCACAUCCGCGGCCCUGCCAUCUUCAGGCACAUUGCAAGGCAGAUGGCAAAGUACCAUGCCAUACAUGCCCACAACGGCUGGGUGCCCCAAUCAGACCUCUGGCUGAAGAUGAGCAAGUUCUUUUCUCUUGUUCCUACACACUUUGAAGACCCUGAGAAGGACCAGAGGCUGAACAGUGAGGUGCCCAGUGCUGCGUGUCUUAGAGACGAGAUGAUUUGGCUUCAGCAGAACCUUUCUAAACUAGGUUCCCCAGUCGUUCUGUGUCACAACGAUCUGCUCUGUAAGAACAUCAUCUACAACCAACAGGAAGGAAAUGUCAAAUUCAUUGACUACGAAUAUGCUGGGUACAAUUAUCAAGCCUUUGACAUUGGGAAUCACUUCAAUGAAUUUGCAGGUCUGAAUGAGGUGGACUACACCCUGUAUCCUGGGCGCACUUUUCUUCUCAGCAGACUAACAUGUAUUGUUUUUAAUUUCAAGGAGUACAAAUCACAGGGCACACAGGUCUCCAACAUUGAAGUGGAGGUGCUGUACGUGCAAGUCAACCGCUUCGCCUUGGCAUCUCAUUUCUUUUGGGGACUGUGGGCAUUAAUCCAGGCUCAGUACUCCACUAUCGACUUUGACUUCUUGGGAUAUGCAGUUCUCCGUUUCAGCCAGUAUUUCAAGAUGAAACCAGAGGUGACGUCACUGCUUCUUCCAGAAUAAUCUCUCAGGUCAUGGUUUGUGCUACUCUAGAGAAGGGCUCCCCCUGGUGGAAACAAGAACUAGCUGGAGACCUCUUCAAUUUGUAGACUGAACAUUGCACUUACUUGUCUGAACACAUCAUUUUAGAUAAGCAUCUCUGAACUCAAAAUUGGUUUAGUGUUGUAGAAAACCAAGCACCUAAGCUCUCCUCCUCGCUUUUAUGUGGCAGUCAAGAGAGAGGGUCACCCCAGUGCCCUAGUCCAUUUUAGUGAUAUUGCCAAUUGAGGAAGCAAACAACUGACAUAUAGAACCUCCCACAACAACAAUUAUUGUCAGAAGUCAGAGAGGAGGGCCGCUGGGUCUGUUCUCAGCAACUAACUAUCAUCCUAAAGGUCAUUCCUGCUUGUUUACACAACUUUUAAUGGGAGAAAUCGGUGUACUGUAAGAUGAUGUUGGGGUUACAGUAUGGAUAGUCACUGAUUCUUUCUAAACGGGGAACUUCUGGCCUGUCUGUUCUUACGAGGGUUGUUCCUGGCACAGCCGCGGUGAGAUGUGUAAUUCAGGGACCAAUAGAAGCUUCGUUGUUCAUUUCUGGCAGACGUUUCCUCCCCCGUCCUCACUGUGAACCACUGUAUAGCGCAUUCAUAAAGUUUCUCAUUGUUUUCUCAGCGUGGUGCUUGGAGAAAGUAGACGCACAGUAGCCGUUUCUACAACGAGCCGGUAGCUAAUCUGAAGCCCACACCAAAGUGCUGAUAUUUCUUGCUUGUACAUUAUGCACAGUGUAUUUUUCCACAUUAGAAAAAUUACAUUUCAACGGUGGUUUUUGUACUUAUUUAAAUGGCGCUGUUAAAGAGCUCGCUCUUGAGACGUGUGCUUUUUCUGGGAGGUAUCAGUGAGCUUUUUGCAAUGGAUGUAUUUCCUGAAAGCCUUAAUGAUGGUAUCGCCUUCUGGACGCACUAAAGCUUUUGUAUUCGUACUCCCCGUCCGCAUAGCUAAACGACAACAAACUGACUGUUUUAAGAACAAAAUCAGUCCUCACUUCACCUUGCAAUGGGCCACUCUUUCUGCUUUAAGACAUCUUACUGAUACUGAUUUCAUAAUAUUUUAGUCUAGGCUGAUCUAGUUUUGUGUUUAGACACCAUGGUGACCACUUCAAUCAACUGAUUUAUUUAAAUUAUUUGACAUAAAAUAUCUUGGAGAAAAAGAAUAGCCAUCAUGAAUAUAAAAAAUGGCACUGAAAUCAAUUCCAGUUAGUUUCUAAUCAGUGUACUCAGUACACAUGAGCAAUGUAAUGUAAAGUGUGACCAAUAUUUUUUUCCCCCCUAGUUUUCUGGUGCAAACCUCAGCUCUGAGACUUGCCUUCGCACCGCCUGGCUACCCUCAUUUACCUCAAUUUCCUGCGUCAGUUUGCCUAUACUACAAACAACCAUAUACAAUUCUGUAAAUACUAGAAACUGUGAAUUUCUGGUUGUUUUAUUGUAUUUUGACAUAUGCUUCUUUUUUCUAUGCCAGUUCUUUUCUGUCAAGGUUGCACCUUGAUCAUGUUUUUGAACUGUCAAAGACCACACAGAAUGCUACAUUUUACUUCUUCCCUUUUUUUUUUUUUUAAAGUAAUACGCCAGAAAUGUUCAUCCAACAUCUAGUGGGAAAUCUCUCUCUUUUAGCAGUCUAUGAAGAUUAACUGAUUUCUUUGCACUCUUUAACAUUUGUAUAAAACCGAAAGUGAUGGGUGGUUCCAACUUUCAGCCAAUGAAGUGCUUCUGGUGAACAUAAAAUGUAAAGGACUGC